UAUAUUUACUUAUCUCGUUUCCAUUUACUUUUACCUCUAUCCCUGGUCUUUCUUUCUUUUGCUAUUUCUGAUGUCGGACGAGUUGUGGAAUGACCUGCAAUACAUGGUUUUGGGCAGAGAUGACCCAGAACUGUUUGUUCCUCAUUCGACUUAUGCUGAUGUGUUAGCUAGAAACCGGCUUAGUUUGAUUGGGAGACCGCUUAAUCCCAGAGAACAAGAGCUUAGACGUGUUAUCUUCUAUCUACCACAUCAUUGGGGUGUUGCUACGAGGGUUCAUGGAAGGGUUUUAGAUGACUCCUACGUCCAGUUUUUAUUCAGCUCAGAGGCUGAUCUGUUUACUGUUCUGCGAAGAGGACCUUGGGUGUUUGACAACUGGUUUGUGGCUUUGCAAAGGUGGGAAGACUUUCCGGAGAUGGACUUCCUCACUAGUAUUGAUCUUUGGGUCCAAGUAAGAGGUAUUCCUUUGCCUUAUGUUUCAGAAGCCUCUGUUACGUUCAUUGCUAAAACUCUAGGGAAGAUUGUUCAUUUGGACUUCAAUGAAGAGACUUCCACGCAGAUUGAUUUCAUAAGAGUUAAGGUAGAAAUUGGAAUCACAGAUCGUCUGCGUUUUUUUAGAAAGGUCAGGUUUGAAUCAGGGGAAGGAGCCAUGAUAGGUUUUGAGUAUGAAAAACUCAAUAAGAUCUGCACUAACUGUUCUCGCAUCAAUCAUGAUUCCGCCCACUGUCCGUAUCUUGUCCCACCCGUCUAUCAAGAUGAUAUCCUUGAUGUUCCAACUGCUCAGGUUUUUCAGGAAGGAGAGGGGUCGAACAUUUAUAGCUUUCUUGGCGAAAAACCCUCCGCUCGAAGUUCUGUGCUUUCAUCUUUCUCUCCCAUAUCGCAACCACCAAGGCUUGCUAAUCCUGCUCCUAAUCUGGAGGAAUUCUUAGCUGCCCACCCUCUCAGACUCAAACUCCUAAUCUAGACUUUCUUCAAACUCAGACUUCCUAGGAGCCUCAUCAAAAGCUAAGAACGAUACCAGGGGGAAGGAAAAAAUUAAAUAUGAAGAUGGUGAGUGUUCUAAACGCAGGAAAGGCAAGCAUGUUCAGUCAGAAACAGAGAGGAAUACUCGCCCACGAAGAAAGGCUCCCGGUGUUCGGUUUUACUCGACUGAACAUGAAUUUCCCUGAUAACUGGAUAAAGUUUCUAAUUCUCAGAGAAUCUUCAGUAUCUUUGUCUCUGAGAGUCAUCAGUGUCACUUAGGAUUUUUUGGAUGGCUUAGAUUAUAAUUUUCACUUUUUAGAUGAAGCUAGUAGCUGUUUUUUGUUCACACCUUCUGGUGUUAUGAUCUGGAUAUCAGAUAAAGAAGAAUGGCCGUAGAAGAAAUUCAUGAAGAACAUUGACAGCAAUCUUUUUGAUGAUGAUGGAGGGAUAAUCAAGAAACUUUCAAACCCUACGCUUAUGAUGUAUGCUUUAAGACCAUUUUCAAUGAUGCUCAUUGAAUUCUUGGUUUUACUGUGCAUAAUUUGGAGUUGAGCUUAUCUUACCAUCAUCCAAUCGUUUUAAGGACGUCUCUGCACUUUAAUAUUACUCUGUUUCUCAUGUUUUGCUGUAAUAACCCUCUUUUACCAGAAUGGUUUCUCACCAUUGAUGGUUGUGGUUUCAGUUUAUUAUAUAUAAAACGUACUUUGGAAAAAAAAUAGAAUCAGUAUCUCGAGACGAUAAAGCAACGAGCCUCUCGAGACAAUGAUAUACGAUAAUAAUACGGUAUCCGUAUA